UGCUCUUCCCCCGUAGCACCACGAAGAAGUGAUUGUGGGCGGAUUGUGGUCCUCUUGGCUCUCAUCUACAAAGCAACCAAACCUUCUAAUUCUAAAAUUAAUACAUUCUAACACGUUUGUAUCAUAUCAUGUGUUAGAUAUUCAUAUUCGUAUUAUCCAGGGUGUUCAGAGAAAUCCGACGGGCGAUGUUUGAGUCUACUGGCAAAGCAUAGUACCAACCCAUCCUCAUCACUACAAUGCUGACACCCCUCGCCCCACCUCUCCUCUCAACAGUGCAGUGAACCAAAUGGGUCAUUGCGCUUGCGCCGUCCAUGUCCUGCUUCUCCUGCUGCUACAGAUCCAGCAGAUAUAUGCUGAUGAUGGGCAGCUGGACUGUGUGUGUGAGGGCCGGAGCUGUCUCCAGACCCCCCGGUGCCGGGGAUCCCAGUGCUACUCGUCCGUGACGGUGAGCAGCGACGGGGCCGUGUUCAGCCGCGGCUGCCUGCAGGGCCUGGAGCAGAGCCGCCUCAUCUGCUCCACGGCGCCCUCUCUCCGGCACGCCAUGCACUGCUGCUCCCAGCACAUGUGCAACGGCAACGCCACCGCCGACUCUCUGCUGCCCCUGCUGCUGUCCGCCCCUGAGGGCGAGCCAGAGCGGUACCGUAUGGAGACCCUGGCGCUGUUUGUGCUGGGCCCAGUGGUGAUCCUGGCCCUGCUGUCCGUGCUGUCUGUGCUGGCCUGCAGGAGGCUGCACCACGGACGCCUCCAGAGGCUGCAGGAGUUUGACCCCGAGCAGAGCGCCAUCGACGGCCUCAUCACCUCCAACGUGGGGGACAGCACCCUGGCGGACCUGUUUGACCACUCCUGUACGUCAGGCAGUGGGUCCGGCCUGCCCUUCCUGGUCCAGAGAACCGUGGCCAGACAGAUCAGCCUUGUGGAGUGUGUGGGUAAGGGGCGGUACGGAGAGGUGUGGCGCGGGCAGUGGCAGGGAGAGAACGUGGCCGUGAAGAUCUUCUCCUCCAGAGACGAGAGGUCGUGGUUCAGAGAGACCGAGAUCUAUAACACCGUCCUCCUCCGACACGAAAACAUACUGGGCUUCAUGGCGUCCGACAUGACGUCCCGCAACUCCAGCACCCAGCUGUGGCUCAUCACCCACUACCACGACAACGGCUCGCUCUACGACUACCUGCAGCGCGUCGCCGUGGAGACGGCGGAGGGCCUGGCCAUGGCGGCGUCGGUGGCGUGCGGCCUGGUGCACCUGCACACAGAGAUCUUCGGCACGGAGGGCAAGCCGGCCAUCGCCCACCGCGACCUGAAGAGCAAGAACGUCCUGGUCACCAAGGAGCUGCGCUGCUGCAUCGCUGACCUGGGCCUGGCAGUAACCCACUCCCAGUCAGACAACCUGCUGGAUGUGGGCAACAACCCCAAGGUGGGCACCAAGCGCUACAUGGCUCCGGAGGUGCUGGACGAGUCCAUCCAGACGGACUGCUUCGACGCCUACAAGAGGGUGGACAUCUGGGCCUUUGGGCUGGUGCUGUGGGAGAUCGCCAGGCGCACGUAUAGCAAUGGCAUCGUGGAGGAGUACAAGCCUCCGUUCUACGACCAGGUGCCGAGCGACCCCAGCUUUGAGGACAUGAGGAAGGUGGUGUGUGUGGAGCAGCAGAGGCCCUUCAUCCCCAACCGCUGGUUCUCAGACCCGACGCUGUCAGCGCUGGUGAAGCUGAUGAAGGAGUGCUGGUACCAAAACCCGUCGGCGCGCCUCACGGCCCUGCGCAUCAAGAAGACCCUGGACAAGAUCCACAGCUCCCUGGAGAAGGGCAAGGAGUCUUGAAGAGCGAGUAGGAGGGGGGGAAAUCCCCCCCCUUUUUUUCUUUUCUUCUACUCCCCCCCCCCCCUUCCCCUGCCACUUCCCCACCACCAGGACCUGACCGCUGCUCCUGCUGCUGCUACUACUGGACAGGAACCUGUUGAUGUCGUCAUGGUCACCGCGCUGGACUGUAACUGUGUUACAUGUAGACUGUUUUGAAAUCCGUGGCAUUCUGUACCGUACUCUGCUUCAGUGCCCUCAAAAGGACUGCUCUGGUUUAACACACAGUCUGUCACAUACCCACAUAAAUUGUUUGUUGGUCUCAGUAGCCAAUCAGUUACGUUUGUAGUUCCUGUGUUCGACUAAACAGACAAUCAAGAUGUGUUCCACUGGCGCCUUGUUAAGACAAACUUGCCAUUCUAACACACACACACACACACCAAGAGGAAAAGAGCCAAUAGAAUCAAAUGAACUUAUAGCAAAUAUUUAUAAUAUAUAAACAAUUAUUAUACUAAGGAUGUGUGUGGCUGGGGUACAAUGCUAUAGGCUGGUGUGAUUGUAGGGAUAUGUACAUUUUCUUUACCUGUAAGACUAGUAGGACAUGUAUGUUGAUAUAGAGAAAAGAAAGUUACUUCCACAACUUUGUGUGCUUAAUGCAGAAAUACUUUCAGUAAAAUAGGAACACUAAAGAUUUAUAAUACUUUAACAGGUGGCUUUAAAAGAAGAGGGAGAGACACGUAUGCAUUAGGAAAGUAUUUUAUUAUUUUAUUCAUGAAUUUCAGAACCUAAUUCAAGGGAUCCAAUUGUUUGUUUGCCGAGUGGGCUGAUCGUUUUUGAAAUAUUGUUGCUUUUCUUUUUUUUGUACAUGUAAUAAAACACUUACUGCACUGUCA